AUGCGAGUUUUCUGGAUCAGCGCUGUCCUAACUAGUUUUGGCGCAGGUGCGAGAGCACAAGCGUCUCACACGGAUCCAUUCAAAGAGUAUACCAUCGCUGCUUCCGAUGGCUCCAUAAAGGCAAAGUUUAUUGGCAGUGGAGCCUCGUUGAGCGAACUCUGGGUCAAAGACAAGUAUGGCCGCUUCCGGGAUGUUGUUCUCGGCUACGAUAAUACGACUUUGUGGCAGACAGACCCGGGCCACCCUGUCCUCAACUCUGUUGUUGGGCGUUAUGCUAAUCGUAUAAAGAACGGUACCUUCAGCGUCCCAAUAUCAAAAAAUCCCGACCCAAAUUCUCCUAACACUUACCAUAUAUUUAGGAACGGACCAGAUAGUGCAUACACUCUACAUGGUGGAGAAAUCGGAUGGGACCGUCGUAACUGGACACUUGUCAGCUCAACCCCGAGUAGCCUGACCUUCCAACACUUCGACCCAGCCGAUGAAGGAUUCCCAGGAGAUGUGACGGCCAAGGUCGUCUAUAGAUUAUCUCCAGGCGGCAAGUACGAUGCUGUUGUCACUGCCACAGCGACCCAGAAAACGCCGAUUAUGGUGACGACACAUGUAUAUUGGAAUUUGGAUGCAUUCCAGGAAACAUCCAAUAUUUUCAAUCACAGCCUGCGAAUAGACUCGUCCAAGUAUAUUCAAGGAAACAUGUAUCUCAUACCCACUGGGAACCUUACUUCAGUCCAAGGAACCGCGCUAGACUUCCGCAAGGAGCGAAGCCUUGGUUCCCAAUGGGACAAGUCUAUUGGAUACGGUGGCUGUUCAGAUUGUUAUGGCUACGACACUCCUUAUAUAUACGAUAAGCCGGAAAGCAAGACUCCGAACCUAUCUCUUUACAGCCCAAACUCCGGGAUAAGGUUGGAUGUGACUACAAACCAACCGGUGGUCCAAGUCUAUACCGGGAAUUGGCUUGCGAUGCCACGGAAAAAGGUGCACGGCGGACCGAGCCUUCAAUACGAGAAGUUUUCGGCAGUUGCAAUUGAACCUGAGGGAUAUGUCGAUGCGAUUAACAAUCCGGCUUGGGGGGUGGAUCAGAUCUACUACCCGGGCAGAGACUUUAAAUGGGCGACGACGUACCAGUUCUCUGUCCAGAAGUGA